GGGAAAUUCGCCGAGCUGGCUACAGAACGAACGUCACAUUUUCUGGGGUGGGCCCGACGAUUUGACAAUGUUUGGGACGCAAAUGGAACACGUCGUGACAAGAGCAGGAUCCCCUGUAUGCAGGACUGUACCGGGCAUCGAAUAUUUGGAUUUUAGCUCUGAGGUCAUCUCUGAUUUUUCUGCAGUUUGAUGUCUGAGCAUGUUUUGCAACAUCCAACGUUGCCCAAUGUUUGAUCGUAUGGGAGCGUCAUCUUCGCAGCUGGAUGGCCCUUUUAUUUGGGGCAGCGGCUCAUUACUGGAAUAUUUGUAGACACUGCAACGAAGACCCUCAUGAAGGAUUCGGUGUUGCUGGCUCAGGAGCACUCCCACCAGGAAGCGCAGCAUUUCGAUAAGCUCGCGCAGCUCUGCCAUCAGGCCGACGAAGAUUGCAACGGGAGGCUGGGUCCGAGGGAGUUCAAGAAUGCCCUUCGGAAAAACGACGUUCCAACGUUGCUCAAAAUGUUGGGGUUCCAGCGGCACCAUGUCUGUGAGUUCUUCAAUCACAUGGCCCACGAAUCCGACGACAAUGAGGUCGACAUAAACGACUUUAUCAAAGGUUGCACGCUGAUGAAAGGAUAUGCUACCACCUUCGAUCUCCACAAGCUGUAUGCGAGGGUGACGAAUGUACAGAAGGACCUUGAUGAACGCUUGGGCGAGAUUCUCAGGCUGUUACACAAUGUGUAGGGCCACGGUGUGGUCUGCACGCGAUGCUUUUACAUUAUCUGUUUGCUGGAGUCUCAGGUGUGGCGGAAGAGCGAACGGUGUAGAUGAGCUCUGUCACGGGUGUUUAUCCCCAGGAGUAAGCCGUCGGCGGCGUGUCAUCGACAGUGUUCGCGUUUUCCCAGUCGCGGACAUUGGCGACGCGGAGUGUUGCUAGUCUUAUGUUUCCGCCGCGUGUCGUUGCAUGAUAGGCCCUAUCUGGUGAGGAUGCUAAGCCCUUCUCACAAUUCCUAGUCCUGCAAGACCUGCAAUGUACGCAGACCUGAAACUGUGGAGGCCUGGGUGAGUGAUAGUCUAGUACCACCGCGGCACAGACAUCGGCGCAUGCGCUUCCCACGCCUUUGUGACUUUAGAGUCGCGACGUUGUGAGAGUCUCAUGCCGCGAAAGUAUGAGAGUCCCAUGCC